GCCUGCCCGCGGCCAGCGGCUGCGCAUGCACGAGGCCAGCGAUCCGGACCUGGGCGUGGUGAUCCACGUGCAAAGCCACCUGCUGCCCGUGGCACCCAGCCCGCUCGACCCCGUGCCGCCGCUGCACGUGCAGCUGGGCGCGUGCAAGGCCCUGCUGCGGCACGUGGCGGCCGCGGGAAAAACGAGGGACGCGAUGUUGCUGAGCAACCUCGAGAAAACAGAGCCGUUCCCGUUCCUGCUGUACUACACGGUGCGGAAGGCGGGCCGGGCGGUGCAGGAGGCGCUCUCAGAGAUCCGCCACGGCGUGCGCACCACCUUCUCACCCCUGCAGACCACACACGUGGCCCAGCACACGGUCAAGCUGUACGAGGAGGUGGCCACCAUUGCGCGGCCGCCACUCAACGACCAGCGGCGUCCGACCAGCGACCGGACGGGUUACAUCAUCUCCGUGUUCCGCGUGAUGGAGGGAGACGACCGGCAGAACUUCGAGCGAGACUGGCCCAGCUGGACCGGCGCCCGGACUCUGUACCGGAGCAUUCCGAAACGAGCCGGCCUGCGGCGCAUGGUGCUGCACAAGUCGUGCGACGGUGGCGACAUCUACUACGUGCUGUGCUGCGAGUGCAGCCGUCUGCUGGACGACGUGGUGGCCACGGUGCAGUCGCUGCCAGCGUUGCGCGCCCGCCUCAUCGGCUACACCGGCGUCUACAAGCCCAUGGCCGUGUCCUGAGACGGCACGACCGGAGUCAAAACAGUGCGCCGUGGUGGACUGGCAAAUGUCGACUGCGUGUCUGGGACCGAUGAGGCAGCGAGACAAGGAUGACCGUGUUGGCAGGGUGCAGCAGGAGCGGCCAGGCCAUGUCCUGAAACAUUGCGACUUAACCCAGUCCAUACCGUGCCGAGGUGCUCGAACGGUCGUGGCGGUGUCUCAAGAAAGGACUACUUCCCUACUGAAGCACGUGCGGGAGUGCUAAAAAUCUACAAUCCAAUGUUACUGGGCCCUGAUGCUUUCAUACCAGUGGUACAUGCAUUCUGGUGUAGCAUCACGCACAUAUAAAAACGUAAAGGAGUUCAGUGAUAGUGCAUCCAGUCCGUCUGACGUCUGAAGAUGACCUGGUUCUCCGAUCGGCGGCCGACCCGGCGAGCCAGAGCAACCACUGGAGCUCCGCAGUGUCCCGCAGCCCCCAGAUGUAGCCUGGCGGC